GUUAUUCCUCCCCGACACACCCAUGUGAGGCAAAGCAUCGUGUGGCUCCACCUCAGCCCCAGAGGUCUCUCCAUCUCUCUCUGCAUGCAGAAGGAAAUUUCACGCAGAGGGAGGAAACACCAUGGCGAAAGAUCCCCAGGAGAUCUCUGAGGAAUUCUACGUCCAAGAUGUAGGUUGAUUGCUUUGUUAUCCUUUUUACAGGGUGGGUUAGUGAAUGCCUUCAAUUACUUGCUAAGAUCUGUCAUUCUGUCUUUCAAAGCAUGCAUGCCCAGCACAUUACAGCUUGUCUCGACAACUGACUUUUCUCUAACUUUCCCCUUUUCUAUCUAUUAGGCACAAACACCUAAAGCUACGAAAGAACUCUGCAAAAGGUACAAGAUCUGUGGGGUGUUGCUUUGCAGCCUAGUGCUGUCUGUCAUCCUGACAUUUCUUGGGGUCUAUUAUUUUUGGAAUCCACCACCUAAAAAAGUAAGUUGCAUUCUGUGCAUUGAAUUUAAUUUUUAUUUUAUUUUAUUUUAUUACUUAUUUAAAAUCUACCUGGUAUUUCUAAAUAUCCUCUCUUAUUAUUUUAAGGACACAGACUAUUCAAGUAGAUUUUACGCAAAGUUAUAGGUGCUUACCCUGCUUUGCUUUUUAAUAAUGGGAUCCUUUCCACAGAGGCAUUCCAUCUCCUUCAUAGUAGCGGUCACAUAAUAAAUUUGUGAAUAAAUGCUUUCAUGUUGUUUCCAUAAGCUUGCCAGAAACUGGUGGAAAACCCACUAUGCCACCACUUUAAGGGAGAGGGAGCCAAAUCUUGAGGGUGGUUGGUUACUCUGUGCUGUUCCGUGCCUGCAGCAUUAAGCAGCCAAAAAAGACUAUUGAAGGGGGAAACCUGCUGUAUUGCAUUUUCUUUUAUUAACCUAUUUUGCAGGGCAUUGGGGGGGCGGGGCUGGAGCUUAUUCAUAUACUUAUAUGGGAAGCUCCCCUAUAUCAAAUCAGACCACUGCUCCAUCUGGUCCAGUACUGUUGGCUGACAGCAACUUUCUGAGGUUUCGGACAGUGGUCUUUUCCAUCCUUACCUGGGUGCUUUGCCUAUGAGUUGCAGCCCUUUUAUAAAAAAAAAAAUGCAUGCAUGUAAAAACACAGCAUCCAUAAGCUGAUGCCAUACUAUCAUAGGACUUUCCCCCUCGUGCAUAGGGUUGUGGAUGCAAACACAAUCUUCCUUUCCCCUUUUGCCCUAGAUGCUGUGGUUUAGAUCUGGCAUUCUGACUAGGGGGUUGUGUAUUCAUACCCUGAAGACAGAGAAAAUCAGGGGAUUGCAUCGUAAUGUGUGGGUGGAGGUGCAAAGUGAAAGGUUUAGCCAAAUGCAUGGAGGAUAAAUUUAUUAUCAAUAACUAUUAGUUGUGUUAGCUGGACGGUAUCUCUAUAUCUCAUGUCUCCCUGGACAUCAAAUGCAAUGGUAGGGCUGCCAUACGUAUGGGAAUCGGGCUCUGAAAAAGGCGUCUGGGUGAGUUUUUGCAGACUCAGAAAAAUGUCCAGGAAAACCUGGACAUAUGGCAAGCAGCGCAAUCAAAAAAUAAUAAUGCUUUAGAAAUGCUUUGACUGGAUUUUCACUUUUGGUAUUAUGACAACCGUAAGCAACAGGCAUAGGGGACGCGGGUGGCACUGUGGGUUAAACCACAGAGCCUAGAGCUUGCCGAUCAGAAGGUUGGCGGUUCGAAUCCUCGCGACGGGGUGAGCUCCCAUUGCUCGAUCCCUGCUCCUGCCCACCUAGCAAUUCGAAAGCAUGUCAAAGUGCAAGUAGAUAAAUAGGUACCACUCCGGUGGGAAGGUAAAUGGCGUUUCUGUGUGCUGCUCUGGUUCGCCAAAAGCGGCUUAGUCAUGCUGGCCACAUGACCCGGAAGCUGUACGCCGGCUCCCUCGGCCAAUAAAGCGAGAUGAGCGCCGCAACCCCAGAGUCGGCCACGACCGGACCUAAUGGUCAGGGGUCCUUUAAGCAACAGGCAUAAGAGCAUAAACCUAAAAAUAACUUGUUGGAUUAGGCUAAUGGCCCCUCUAGUCCAGCCUCCUGUUCUCACAGUGGCCAGCCAGAAUGCCUGUGGGAAAGCUGCAAGCAGAGCCCUAGCACUCUGUCCAUUUGUGGGAUUACCCUUCUGCAAUCUAUGCUGAGGUUUCCCCAAGCUUCUUCCACGUGGGUGGUGCCAUUAGUACAUUUAAUUUUGCUAUGAGUGAUUUCUUUCUUUGUCUGUUAUUUAUUUUUAAAAUUUGUAGACCGCCCUUCAUCCAAAGAUCACAGGGCAGUUCACAACAUAUAAAUACAAGAUAAGAACACAAAAGACAUAAUACAAACAAAAACAAAGCAAUAAGCCCCCCUCCACUCCCACAAAACACAUUUAAAACGACAUAGAAUGCUAACCAGCCAAAGGCCUGGGAGAAGAGAAAGUGCCUAAAGAUAUCUAAUGAAGGUGCUUGGCGAGCCUCCCUGGGGAAAGCAUUCCAAAAACGGGGAGCCAUCACAGAAAAGGCCCGUUCUCAUGUUGCCACCCUCCAGAACUCUCAUGGAGGGGGCACAUGAAGAAGGGCUACAGGGUCCCGGUAGGUUCAUAUGGAAAGAGGCGGUCCUUGAGGUAUUGUGGUCCUGAGCCGUUUAAGGAUUUAUAGGUCAAUACCAGUACUUUGAAUUGGACAACAUACACUCAAGCUCCUAGGCAUGUCAAAAGGCCACCACCUACCACCAUCACAUUAUUAUUCCUCAGGAACUGCAUCUUUGCCAACCAUGGUGAUUCUGUGCCAUUUCUUUGGACCUCUGAGGAACAUAGUGGGGCUCACAGUGUCAAAGUGUGGUGCUAAAGAGGCUUUGCAAACGCUGGAAUAUUCACCUAACAGCUCCAGUGAUAGUUUCAAUUUACCCUGGCAAUCCAAAUUACAUUAAGAUGCAGAAUCCACAGUCACACAAGCCUCAGUGCGUCCCUUAAGUAUGUUGACAAAGGGGUCAGACAACUGUCACCUAGAAUUUUAUGGAUUUCUCUUCUCUGAUAGGCACUUAAUUCAGCAUGGUACUAAAAGUCUGCACUGUCUUGUCUUUUGAAAAAGUUUCUGGCCCUUGUGGCUUCAAGUAUACCUUCCCAGCCACCGCUAUCCUGCUUCCUUAAGCAACAAGAACGAGAACAGCACUACCUGGCUGUGGUUUACUUUGGACAAGAGAGCACACUGGAAACUUACGAUUUUGUGUUUUAGUUUGGCAAAUAAAAACAAACAUUACAAAAUACAGCCCCUCUUUCUUCACACUGCUGGCUGCUAUUUUUCACACACCCACAGACUGCCCACUCUCCUUUCAGCUGGAGGGACGAUGCUUUCUCCAAUCUGAGAUGGGCAUGUCAUCCUAAAAACAUAGAGAUUUCAUUACUCAGCGCAAGGCCAAAUCACACACAGUCACAGGGCAUGUACAGAGUUCAAGAUGAACUGGAACACUACUACACUGCCAUCUCCAGGCCGGGCUUAGAGAAACCUCUUCCUGAAACCCUGGAGUCCAACUGCCAUUCAGUAGUCACAUCCACACCAUAUAUAUUGAAAGCACGUGGCUUUCCCCAAAAUAAUCCUGGGAACUGUGGUUUAUACCUUGCAGAACUACAAGUCCCAGCAGCCUUAGCAAAUGACAGUCCCCAGGAUUCUUAGUGAGAAGCUGUGUGCUUUAAAUGUAGGGUGCAGAUAUGACCAGUGUUGACAGUACUGAGCUGGACAGCUGUCUAAUUCGACAUAAGGCAACUUCCUAUCUUCACUGGGCUUGCAAAUAGAGAGUUGACUGCAAUAAGCCAAGUGUAACUGUUUGGUUACUUACAGUGUCAUCCUCAAGUCCCGCACUCAGAUGCAUCCCAUAAUGGUCUUUAAGUAGCGUUCCUUUGUUUUAGUAUACCGGCAGCAACCGUUUUAGGCAUGUCCAAUACGUGCACGACCUCACACAUGUGCAUUGCGCCAAACCCAGAAAUGACCCGCAAAUGUCACAAAAAUGUCACAAGAUGUUUGCAGGCUUUUUCUGGAAGUACUGCAAUACAGACAUACCUCGGGUUACAAAUGCUUCAGGUUGCGUUUUUUCAGGUCACAGAAGCACCGAAACCCACAAGUACCGGAAUGGGUUACUUCUGGGUUUUGGCGGUCGCGCAUGCAUAGAAGCACUAGAUCGUGCUUUGCACAUGCACAGAAGUGCUAGAUUGCACUUUGUGCAUGCACAGAAGUGCCAAAUCACAACCCGCGCAUGCGCAGACACGGCGCUGCGGGUUGCAGAUGCUGCGGGUCACGGACAUGCCUCCCGCAUGGAUCACGUUCGCAACCCAAGCGUCCACUGUACCAGGUUGAAGCAUGGAGUGGAUGGAGCAAGCCCCUGUUCCACCACAGCUUUUUCAAUGGUGCCUUGGAACAUAACCUUUGUGUUAAUUGGGAGUUGUCUGCAAUCACACCCUGCCUUCACUUUUAAAUACUUAAGGAGAUGGCAAGUGAAGUUUCUUUGCUAGCCACAAUCUCGCAAGCAGCCCAACUCUGACAAUGCUCUUAAUGGAGGCUUCUGCCAGCCCGCCCGCUGCUUUCUUCAUUGUCCGACAUCUGCUUCCAAUAAAUAGCUGCUAUUCAGAAGCUAGGUCUGCAGAAGACAUUUUCAUUCCAGACACAUCAAAGCCCCAAAGUCUUUUGCCACGCAGCAGAUACAUAUUAGAGCUCAGUUGAGAGCCCAGUUAUUAGGGUCUACUGCAAAUUGACAGAGAGAGGCUGGUGUUUUUGGGGGGGGGGGGUCGUCUUCUGCUUCUGAUUAAUCCUGGAAGAUCUUUCAGGAUCCAGAAACAGGGAAAUAAGCUUGCAUAAACAAGCCUGCAUAAACAUUCUCAAAUUUUGCCUACAAUCUUUUUAUUCCAUCAAGGUAAUGGGCUUGCAGCCCAGGCUAGGGGCAUUUGGAACUCUAGACCUGAAUAAAGUAUCUCCUGCAAUCACACAUUCCAGGCUAUAUUAUUCGCCCCCCCCCCCCCCUCAUUCACAUGAAACCUCACACACAAACAAGCCUUUAUUGCCACGCGGAGAGAGGAGGCAAGGACAGCAGGGCCCCAUCAAAUUAACCUCUUACAUAGCAAAAAGCAGGGCUGUGCAUGCCCCACCACAAUUCAAAUCAUGGCCCCAAUUUUAAAUUCAAGAUUGGUCUUGAUUCAUUCCAGACUGAUCUGGACCCAAUUCAAUGUGCCCUGAAUCCAAAUGGUAAUCCAGAAAAUACAGAUCUCCAGAAAUCCCAUUGGUUUCCAUCACAAAACCAGAACUGCCAUAACUUCCUUGCCUUUUGACAUCAGGGGAUGAAAUCUGGGACAUGGCUCCCCCACCAGACCCUCCAAAUGUCUCUAUUUUCCUGGGAUGUCCCUGAUUUAGAGAAGUCAUUCCAGUUUCUGAUUUGAACCCAGAUGGUCCUGCGUUUCCUUAGGAUGUCCCUAUUUUCAUUGGAGAAAUGUUGGAGGGUAUACCCCGUAGGGGGCGCUAACCCUGACAAAUUUUAGAUGGGUAGCCCCAUGUGUUGUAUUUUUUCAAAAGAAAGAAAGGUAAUACUUUAAGGCAGGGGUCCUCAAACUACAGUCUGCGGGCAGAUCCAGCCCACCAGGGCCUUAAAUCUGGCCUGCACGGCCAUUUCAGAACCCAAGACGAAGUCCGAGGCUGAAACGCCACGUUGGGUUUACCUCAGCACGCAGGGACUGACUGAACAGGUGGCGAGGUCCUCAAAUCUGAGGCUGAAAUGCCAUGCCCGGUUUACCUCAGCCUCAGGCUCUGCCUCAAGCUCAUUCCCUAACCCCAUCAUUCUGUCUCCCCCUCUGUCCCUUUGUCGCCUUUUCCCGGCCGCAGGCUGCCUCGCUGCCGUCUUUCGGCGCGCAAGGAUUUCACACAACGCACAUGUCCCACUUGAAGUCAGUGGCAAACGCCUGUAUUGGUUUCCACAGGGUCCUGAGUUUGAGUCCCACAUUGGGCAAAAGAUUCCUGCAUUGCAGGGGGUUGGACUAGAUGACCCUCAUGUACCUUCCAACUCUACAGUUCUAUGAUGCCACGAACAACAAUCAUUAGAAAUGAUGAGAUGAUGAAAGUAUGUGCUAUGAAACUAGGCUGUAGUCAUGCUUGCUGGUUGGUGGCUGCUUAGCAAGCGGAAAUAGUAACAGUGAGAAAAGCGCUAUACAGUGGUACCUCAGGUUAAGAACUUAAUUCGUUCCAGAGGUCCGUUCUUAACCUGAAACUGUUCUUAACCUGAAGCACCACUUUAGCUAAUGGGGCCUCCUGCUGCCGCCACGCCGCUGGAGCACGAUUUCUGUUCUCACCCUGAAGCAAAGUUCUUAACCCGAGGUACUAUUUCUGGGUUAGCGGAGUCUGUAACCUGAAGCGUAUGUAACCCAAGGUACCACUGUAAUCGUAAUAAUGUAGCAGACUGUACAAUGUAUUCACAAGACACACACAAGGCGUAGCAGACACAGUGCUAAAUAAACCUUAGAGCCAAAAUGUGGGGAAUGGGAGAGAAUACUAAGACACAGACAAGCAAACCUUUUUUUUUAAAAGGACGGGACUGGGAUUUAUUGGGAAAGGAUAUUAAACAAACACAAGCUGAACAAAUGCCACCUACCUCAACCGAAUUCUUUCCACAGAGGCAGAACUUAACAAAAAAGCAGCAUUUUAAGACUUCGCCACCCUCCCCCUCCUCAAGCACUGUAAUUAAUUGUUGUGGGCGGGCACAAUAGCAUUCUAGCCCCGCAGCUCUCAUUAAGCAGCACUAAUCGGCAAUCCCACAUGUGCAUAAUGUCACCAAUAAUUAUACAUCCUACAGCAUUUUAAAAAUGCAUACAGAUACAGAGGGAUGAGGGUGUUUUAAAUAACUACGACGCACCUCUCUCCUCUCACUCCCCUCUGUCCCUGUGAUAUCAGGAAACAACUAUUCGUCCAGCCAUCCGAAGCAACUUCCAGGAUAAACAAACUUGCACCAGGGCUGGAUUUCUAAUGCAAUGCCAAUUUUUGCAAACCCAAAUAAAGACAAGAAGCAAAACAUCUUGAAAAGAAAACAACUUCCAUCCUUGUUUCAACAAGCACGCGUACAUGAAAAGGCCCUGGACUCUCUUUGGGGGGCCAUGCGCUCCCAUGUUUGUCAUUGCCCUGUUUGUCAUAGCAUCGUCUUAGCCUGCUGACAGAGCACAGACCUUUGAUCUUUAACUCCAAGUUUACUUAGGGUGCCAGUGGCACCAUAAAGGUAGGGCUUGAGGACAGAUGUCUCAGCAAAACGAGCAGGAGGGCUCCCAAAUAACAGCAGGGGCGUGCUGGGCAAAUUCUGGAAUAAGUGACUUGACAGUACUGUCUUGAAAGGGCUACAGGUAUAGUAGGACAACUGAGCCCAGAGUCCUACCUAAUACCCUGUAGCUUCGUUCUCCCUCCAAUAUUUGUGCGGAAGGUGAACAACAACAGUUCGCAAACGGAAAGAGCUGCUAUGAAUCAGAGCAUUCUGAAACGCAAAGUGGCUCUCGCUUGCAGACUUGGUGGCGCCUGAUCAAUUGAUGAGAACGAACAAUGAGCUUUUCCAAGUAUCUGGAAUAAGAGUCACAACACCCAUCUGCCAGAAUGAGAAUUAGAGACUUCACCAUACUCUUCUCAGCACCUGCUAAAAACAUUUUUGUUGAGGCAAGCCUACCUAGACAUGUAGAAUAUUGACGCGGGUUUUACUCUGUGUUGUUUUUUUUAGCUUAUCAUUGAUUUUAAUUAUUUUUGAAUGUCUUAAAUAUUCGUUAUGAACUUUUGUUACUGGGCAUUUUACUUUUUUAUUCUUUUUGUAAACUGCCUUGAGGUUUUGUUUGUUUUUUGCAAUCAAGCGAUGUAUAAUUUUUUGAAAUAGAUAAAAUAAACCAGAUUUUUCAUGGAGGCUCAGCAGAAGGGGAGCCAGAAGGCAACAGUUUGAGGAAAUGUGGGACCCAAGAAAAUUUGGGAGAUGGGUAAAGGCAGGUCAAGUGCCAUUAUGGAUGUGGUGAUUCCCCCCCCCAACUCCAGUAAAACCUGCUCAACCUGAACAUCUGUAAACAGAAACACACCACAAGAGCCUGCCCCUCCCUCUCUCUCCCUCUCCUCUAGAGAAAACUGACACCAUAAAUGAAUUUCUUGUGGCAUAGAGUAGGAAAAAGAUGAAACAGUACCACAAGGGUUUUUUUCCCCAGAAUAUCUGAACCUUAUUAUAAGAGGACAUUUAUUGAAAAGGUAGAAAGCAAAUUUAACAAAUGAACAAACAAAUAAUAAAUGAGAUUUUUGCUAACUACAGAGGAAUGGCAAUUUUAGGAGACUUGUAAUCUCUUUGACAUUUCUCAUCAUUAAUCCUACCCUCUGAUUUAGAACUUUGCAUGAGGUCUCUCUCUCUCUCUUUAAGAAAUAGCUUCAGAUGUGGACACUGCCAAAGUCAUUAAAAUAAAAAACACAGAUUCCAUGUGUAAAGACUGGAAUUUCAAGAUCCUUUCCCAAAUUUUCUUCAGAUGCCACUGCAAGUAAUCUGAAGCACAGCUUGUUCCUGGAGGAUCCCUAGCACGUUCUUCCUUUCCAAGACCUCACCUUAAACUUUCCAUACUGCAAAAUCCAUUUUCCUAAUGUGCUCAGGUUACUAUUGCUAUGGUUUUGUCCAAAAUAACUUCUGGUUUCCCAUGAGAGAACCUUCACGCUUACAGUGGUAAUGGUCAUGCCACAUGAACGGGCAAAUCACCUGCAUGGUUGGUGUCUGAGAUGAGUGCUUGGCACUUUCUGUGAGAGAAACAGUAGUUGCCAGUACGGAUGGGGUAGAAACUCAACUUUGUUCACACCUGAAUGCACUUUUCAAAUCAACAGGCAAACCGAAUCACAAUUAUCCUUCAACAUCAGCAACAUGCUGAAUUUGGUGUUGUAGUUCUCCAACCAAACAAUAUGUACAAAAAUGCAUACUUUUAAAAAUCAAAAUACAACUGUGCAUUAUAUUGAGGAAAAUGGCUUGCAAAGAUGUGUACAUUGGUCAAAUCUUCAUACCAAAAAAUGUGCCAUAUUGGAAGAAACAAGUAAGAAAACACUGGUAAUUUUUCUUGAGGAUUUUUUUCCCAAUCCACAAACUGAUGCAGAAAUGUGGAUAACAGAAUUAAAACUGGAAAAAUGAGAAACUGAUACUGAAAUUGACAAUUCUGCCCAUUCGUAGUUACCUCUUUGAGUGUGGCUUUAGAAGUGGUCUUGGCUCUAAUCUCAGCUGGGUUCUGUAUAUUCCUUCCUUCCACUUCUAAAUUUGUAACUGUAUUUAAUUUUUGUCUUUUUUUCAUUUGCCAAGCCAACAAUUUCCCACAUUUAUUAGCCGACUCGAAUGUCUUUUGUCUCAUUUGUUUAAUUUUCCAUUCUAUCUCCUGAUUCAUCAUUUUCAUAUAUUGCACUUGAUAUAACUUUAUUUCUCUCAAAAUCUCUUGAGACUUUGGUUUUGUUCUCAAUCUUUUUCACUUUCCUUUAUUUUCUCCAAUAUUUUAUCCUUCUUCUCAUUUUGGAUUCUCUUCUUUAAUGCAUUCUGUUGUAUCAAGAACCCUCUCAUAACCGCUUUACUUGCGUCCCAGAUUACUCUUUUUCCACAUUGGUGCUCAUAUUUAUCUCAAAAUAGUCUCUCAAGGUUUUUGGGCCUUCUUAGCACUUCUUCAUCUCUAAAUAAGGUGUCAUUCAUCCUCCAUCUAAAGGAGCCAGUUGGUGUUAGUUUCAUUUUCAUCUUGACAGCAUUAUGGUCGGAGCAGGUUUUUGGGCAGAUUUCCACUUUUCUUGUCUUUGGUGCCAUUCCUCUAGUUACCCAUUUUUGGUCAAUUCUUGUCCAUGUCAUUUUGGCUUCAGAAAACUGAUGCAGAAAUGUGGAUAACAGAAUUUAAGACUGGAAAAUGAGAAACUGAUACUGAAAUUGACCAUUCUGCCCAUUCGUAGUUACCUCUUUGAGCGUGGCUUUAGAAGUGGUCUUGGCUCUUUCACCACAAGCAGUUUCCCCUCAUUUAAACCUUCCAUCUCCCAAAGCUGCUAUCUUCUCCUGCUCCCAAUUGGCUCAAUGUCUUUUCCCCAAGGUGCAGUGCUAUAGAACUAUGACCUUGGAGAAGCAUCCACUAUUCUCCCAUUGGUGUCCUGCUCAUAUAUUUGUAAACAGAAUUGUUGCUGCUUUUGCUGUUGUUGCAAAGAUAUAGCUAGAUGCCCAAGUGCAAAAGAAGGCAAGGCAAAGCAUCAAUACCAAAUUCAAUCUCCUUGCCAUACCUGGCAAUGCUGGGAUGUCCCAUGCCUAAAAUCUUGUAGAGCCACUGCCAAUCAUUGUACACAACAUCAAGGCAGAUAGAGCAAUGACUUUGUAUAAGGCCUAUGUUCCUUCUUAUGUUCCAGCAUCUUUAAUAGUUGUGCAGAAAAUCCCAGCAGGUACAGCUUGCAUAGGAAGUCACGUCUGCUGAAACUCCCUUUUCUACACAACUAUUAAAGGUGCAGAAACUCUUUUGCAAUGGGGUAUCCUUGCCGAUCGGAAGGUCAGCAGUUCGAAUCCCCACGACGGGGUGAGAUCCCAUUGUUCGGUCCCAGCUCCUGCCCACCUAGCAGUAUGAAAGCACGUCAAAGUGCAAGUAGAUAAUUAGGUACCACUCCGGCGGGAAGGUAAACGGCGUUUCCGUGUGCGGCACUGGUUCACCAGAAGCGGCUUGGUCAUGUUGGCCACAUGACCCGGAAGCUGUCUGCGGACAAACGCCGGCUCCCUCGGCCUGUAAAGCGAGAUGAGCGCCACAACCUCAGAGUCGUCCGCGACUGGACCUAAUGGUCAGGGGUACCUUUACCUUUACUUUAAGGCUCCAGUUUUCUCUCAUCCAAAGGAAAAAUAAACUGGGUAUCUCUGCCUGCCCUGGAAUAUCUGAACACUGAGGACUAAGUGAGGGCUUGUAACAGGUUACAUUGGCAGAGAUAUUUCAAGAACCAGACUAGUAAGCUGGCUAGCAGGAAAUGUUCGCUUGUUUGCAAAGGACAUCCUAGGUCUUUGGGAAACACAGCCAUUACUCCCUCUGCAUUUCUCCUCCCUCUUCCCACUUUGUCAUUACAGAUCUAUGACAUGGAGCACACAUUUUUCAGCGAAGGAGAGAAGCAGAAGAUACUGAUGAAGAUAGACCCUCUAACCAGGACAGAGAUCUUUCAAACUGGAAAGGGCAACAAGGAGGUUCUGGAAAUACAUGACUUCAAAAAUGUAUGUACUGUCAUUUCUGCCCCCAAUUAUGGUAGACCAAACAUAACAGAGUACCGAGUGAGGCAUUUUCACUUUCUGGGGAACCUUUCAGGGACAGAUUGUGGAGUUAUUCCUGAAGUGUACAUGCACCUCUAAAAAAACUCACUGGGUCUGCACACUGAAAGCCAAUUGUUAUAAACAGUUCAAUGAACAUCCCAUGAUUUAACGACUAUGGUAUACUGAUAGUGAACUCACAUGAAUUGAGUGCCAACCAAAAUAAGGUAGUGGAGAAUCACUGUGUAUUAAGUACAUAUACAGUGGUGCCCCGCAAGACGAAUGCCUCGCAAGACGGAAAACCCGCUAGACGAAAGGGUUUUCCGUUUUCAAUGCGCUUCGCAGGACAAAUUUCCCUAUGGGCUUGCUUCGCAAGACGAAAAUGUCUUGUGAGUCUUGAGAUUUUUUUUUGCCCCCCCCCUUUUUCUAAGCUGCUAAGCCUUUAAUAGCCUUUUAGCAGCUAAGCCGCUAAGCCUUUAAUAGCCGCUAAACCGCUAAUAGCGCUAAUCCGCUAAGCUGCUAAUAGGGUUGCUUCGCAAGACGAAAAAACCGCUAGACGAAGAUACUCGCGGAACGGAUUAAUUUCGUCUUGCGAGGCACCACUGUACAAGAGUAUGUGAUUUUUAAAAAUAAAAGCCUGACAACCACAUAUAAGCUUUUAGGACUUAGAGAAUGUUGAGGUGUUGGGGGAGGGAGAAACUUGAGGAAUUGGGUGGCGAGGGGGGGAGAGAAUUGACCUGAUGAAGCCAAGAAGAGCUUGUAGAGAUGUGUGCCAUGAAGUUUUUGUUAAAUUCCCCUUCCUCCAGUAUACAAGGAUGCAGCCUCCCCAGGCUGAGACUAAAAUACCACAUUGUUGUACGUCCCACUUGCAGUAAUAACGAAGCAUUUAUAUAGAGUACUCGUUGGGAGUUUCCAAAGCACUUCACAUAUUUUCUAGAGACACAUCUUUACCAUUGCAAGACUGAACUUUUGCACGUGAACUAUAAGCCUGUAAAGUAGUUGAGUAUUGCAAGAGGGAGGCAGACUAGAUCUGAUUGAUUGUCAGACAAACCAACCAGUGAGAUUACUGCAUAAGUGGGAUUUGAACCCAAGGCUUCCUGACUUCUAGCUCAGGAAUAUUAGCCAUUAUGCAAUGAAAGUUUGCAAAGGGGGGGACAGGAGCAGGGGAAGGAGGUGCUCAUCAGGAUGUGCUAUUGCCCUAUGAAAACAUAGCAUAGAAACCACACAAUAAAAAUAUUGUUUGUUUCAUAUUGCUUUUAUUUUUUAUAUAUUCGUUGCAGGGAAAGAACCACAUACUAUGGUCAGUAUUUAUAUGCUGCCUAGACUUUUGGCCCCAUCAAUAAAAUCCAGUGCCCACCUUAUUGAAAUAUGAAAUGGUGUAUCUUACCCUGCAUUAAACUAUACCCAUACAAUGACUGCAGGACUUUAUGUAUUUAGUUCUCUUCACCAGACUUUUUUCCCCUGCUCCACUAGGGAAUAACAGGCAUCUUUUUUGUGGGAGACCCGAAGUGCUUCAUCCGAAACCAGAUUAAAGGGAUUCCUGAAACAUCCAACGUGGACAUGGAGGAGCUGGAAGUAUGCAAAAAUGAAUAACUCCCUGAAUUAAAUAAGACCCAGGGCAGCCAGAGAUUAUAACAGCAUGGAAAGUACAGACCGAGAGUAAUCCCAUUAGCUUUUAAAUUUCUCACAGACCAGGCAGAUAUACUCACAGCAUAUGUUAAAUGCCAAACUGGGGCCUAACUAAAGCAGUCCAGAUGGAAUUAGUUCCAGAGAUGAAACUGGUCCAGCUAAACCAGUGGCAGAACUGAAGGGCUAAAUGAAAUAUUUUAACCCAAAUUCCACAGCUUGUCAAAAUAGUUAAGAUGCAUAGAAACAGAGGAAUCUGCCUUAUACUGAGUCAGAGCAUUGGUCCAUCUCGCUCAGGGGCCGGCAACCUAAGGCCCAUGGGCCACAAGUGGCCCACGGAGGUUGUUUAACUGGCCCCCGAGCCACCCCCGAACCGAGCCCCCCGCUUGGUGAGUCCCCACACGCUGCACUAAACCAGCAUAGCGCGUGGGGACUUGCUUCCACGGCGCUGGAAAUCGUGUCUGCACAGACACUGGAAAUCGCUGAUUCACGCGCUCACGCGCACGUGCAAUCCGACCCAUGGAGGGCUCUCCGUUGGAGUGAACCAGCCCAGGUAAGGUAAACCUUGCUGACCCCUGAUUCUAGCUUAUUUUUGUUGUCCCUGAUUGGCAGCAUCUCUCCAGGGUUUCAGGCAGUGUUCUUUCUUAGCCUUCGCAGGAGAUUCCAAAGACUGAAUCUGGGACCUUCUUCAUGGGACCAGUUUGAUUCUGAAUGGUGUAUUAAAGAAGCCCUCCUUCUAGGAGAGAGGCUACAUUUUUAGCCGUGGUGGGAACAAUGGGGCCUCCAAGUAGGAAACAUUGGAUUUAUAAGGUUUCCUGGAGGGAUCUAGUCGCCCACUGUGGGAUAUAGAUACGCAUUUCAGUCAGGCAGCUUCCUCUCCUGUCCAUUAUGUCUGGGCAAAGUGGAAGGCAGAACACUGAGUGGCAACUUUAUCCGAGCAACCUGCAAAGCUGCAAGGAGGAUACCAAUGAAGUAUCUUGGACACAAAUCAAGAAAACACCAAUAUGAUGUGUGUUUUUUUUAGUAAAGAGUGAGGUGUGCCUCCAGUUUUAGUCCAAAAUAAUAGUGCCCCGGAUAUGAAAUGUAUGGGAAAUACAGCUCUAUGAAAUUGUUUCUCUAGGUUAACAAAUGAAGAAAAAUACAUUUUUAAAAAAUUUCUUGCAGGAUGAGGAAAUUACAGAUACCUAUUUUGAGCAGUCUGUAGUCUGGAUUCCAGGGGAGAAGCCUAUUGAAAAUAAAGAUUUCCUGAAAGGUUCCAAGAUCUUUGAGCUCUGCAAAAACGUGACUGUGUACUGGAUCCACCCGACCUUAUUAAGAGGUAAGGCCAUUUAUUCUCCUCUUUGUAGCAUGUUGACGAACCUGCAGCCUACCAGUGCAGAUAAAGACACUCUUCUUUGGUCCACAGUAAAACUGAAUUCAGACAUACUGACAUCAACUGCAGUAUGGUUGGUCAUGUUUUUGCCCUGUGCAAAGCUCACCUGUGUUUCCUUAUCAGCUUCCGUGUGUUCCAGGGAGGAAAGAAGAAUCUUUUGCAACUUGAAAAGGAGGCAUCACCGAAAUACAGAGCUAUCUUAUGGUUGCUAGCAUACUAGAGUCCUGUAAUGGUGGUGUUCAGACACUGGUUUUCUCUGGAACAGGCAUUAAAAUAGGUUUGACAUGUAUAUAUUUUUAAAAGUAAAAAUCCAGACACAUAAGUUGCCAUUUAAGCACAGUUCUGUAUGAUCUGUCAAUGACAGUUUGUCAAGGUGCUCUUAUGCAUGAAUUAGCACACAACUGGUUCCAGCGGUAAGCCAUAAACCACUUUAAUUUCCACCAGAAAAGUAAUUCAUGGUGACUUGUUUGUCUCUGCCUCUCAGAGCCAGAACUUCUUGACUUUGAAAAUGAAGGUCAGGAGGAGGAGGAAGACGAUCCGAUUCUGAGAGAGAAGCAAGACUGGGCUAGACAUCAGGAGGAAAAGGAAGAGCAGCACUUGGCUAAGGAUGCAAGACCAAGUACCAAACGUCAGGCCCGGCAGCUCACAGAAGAGGAUUUCCCUGUGAAUGAUUACGUAAGUCAGGAGUAGCCAACCUUUUGAGGCCCAUGAGCAUAUUUAGACUUUUAAGAUAGUGCUGUGGGCAGCAGUCACAAAAUGGCUGCUUGGGGAACACGUGGCAUGAAGUAGCACUAAAUGGCUGCCACAUCUAAAUGAGAGGGAAGGGACAGGACCACAAUGAUCUCAUCACCAUCAAUUAUUUUUUUUUAAAAAGGCACCAAUAUUAGCCACCACAAAAGCUUGGUCACAGAAGGAAGCUCUUUGCACCUCUCUUCCAUCCAGAAUGGAAAGAAGGGUGGGUGUCUAAUCCCUGUAUCCAAUGAUGAGGACACGUUCAAUACAGGAGAGGCUGAGCCAGUGCAAACAGGAACUGAGCAGGAAGGGCCAACCGUCCCUUGUGCAUUGUGGAUUUUUGAGGGGGUGUUUACUGAGACCAUUCGAGGGUGCCAUAAGAAGUACUAGUGAGCACAAUGGGGCUUGUUGGUGUCAUGUUGGUGAUCCCUGACAUAAGUCUUUGGGAUCAAGCCAUUUUCAUCACUGAGCUCUGGGACUGAACUUCUUGAGGAGGAAACAUUGAGGAAGCAACUCAAGGAUGGGGAACCUUUGUUAUUCCAGGUGUUGCUAUUCUAUUCACUUAUUAAAUUUAUAUACAGCCACACAGCAUAGGUCUCUGUGCACUCUGCUUUACCAGAAACAAGGCAUUAAAUGCUAUGGGUUAGGGAUGGAGGAGAAAUUAAACUCAAUUUGCAUUUAAAGGCAGACCUGCAUAGUGGCACUUUCUGAACCAAAACACAGCCCUCCUCUGAAAUUUGCAUCCCUCCAAAUGUUGCAAUUCAAAUCUCCUGCCACAUAAUGUGUACAAAAAUGUAUAUACUAGGGUAAAGUGUGCAUGAAAAUGCAUAUGUUAGCAAAAAUAACAGUAAAAAUGUGGUAUGUAUUGGGGAUGGGUUUUCAUUUGGCCUUUAAAAAAAAUUGCAAACAGAUGUGGAAAUGUGAAAAAACUGAAUUUAAGAUUGGAGAAAUGAGGCAUGGAAUUUAAGAGACUUGCCCAUCACUAACGAUGGCCCCUUCCCAGAUAUGUCUGCCCUUUCUUCCUUCUGUACAAAUGAGAUUUAUUUCCUGCCUUUUUGCCCUCCUUGUUUUCCCCUUUCAGUCACAGAAUGGACUGGAGUUCCAUCCCCUGUGGGACGAGAGAGGAUACUGCUGUGCCCAGUGCCGCCGUGCCCAUCGAUACUGCCAGAGGGUGUGUGAGCCUCUCCUAGGCUAUUACCCCUACCCUUACUGUUACCAAGGAGGGAGGGUCAUCUGCCGUGUAAUCAUGCCGUGCAACUGGUGGGUAGCGCGGAUGUUGGGGCGAGUGUAAACAUACCCAGCCCCGCAAAAGAUAACUCCUGAUAUCCUGCAGUGUCCAAGCGCCGCCCAGGGAAUUCCCUACAGGGUGCACUUGUGUACUACCAACACUCUAUCCAGUUCAGGGGUCCCCAAACUAUUGUCCAAGAGCUUCAUCCAGGUAGUCCAUGGCAUGACUGUAAAAAUAGAAUUAAAAAUCAUACAGCAUUUGCAUCAUGCAACACAAUUGCUGCAACAGGCAGAAGAAUGAUUAGGGUGUCCACAAUCAUUUUCAAAGUUGUUUAUGGGGGUGGGGGGAGUUUGGGAAACACUGCUCUAAGUGCUAUUACUGCAGUUGAGUAGGCACCUCUGCCACCCUGAGACCAGUGGGGAUUGGUAAAGCCCAUUAUCAAAAGACCACCACAAAAUGUCCCAACUUUGCUGGUCAGACAUUAAGGAGCAGCUUGGGUAGCUUGUGUGUGGUGUGUGUGUGGAAGGGGGGGGGCUUCAAAAUGUGUUAAGAAACCCAUUUAUUGAAGUACUUCUGAAAAUGUAUUGUUGCCAGUUUGUUUCCAGUGAAGCAGACCUGCAACUUACCUGGGGGUUAGUGCAUAAAGCCAAAAUUUAAAAUAGUCAAGACCAUGGGUAGGCAAACUAAGGCGUGUUUUUACAUGAGUAGAAUGUGCCCUUUUAUUUAAAAUGCACCUCUGGGUUAUUUGUGGGGCCUGCCUGGUGUUUUUACAUGAGUAGAAUGUGUGCUUUUAUUUAAAAUCCGGGUUAUUUGUGGGGCAUAGGAAUUCAUUCAUUCAUUUAUUAAAUUAAAUGGACUAUAUUUUUCAAAAUAUAGUCAAGCCCCCCCCCCCCCAAGGUCUGAGGGACAGUGGACCGGCCCACUGCUGAAAAAGUUUGCCGACCCCUGGUCAAGACCCAUUGGGUGCAACGGUGGGUGGGAUUGCCAAGGUUUCCACACACCCCCCACCCCCGGAUGCCCGUCCCCUUUGCAUUGUAUUUUAUUUUUUUUAAUUGCAUAAAGCUAAAUGCGCACAAAUUAAAUGUGCGUAAAUUGUGGGUCUACCGUAUAAUCACCAUCAUUGGAGCUGUGUAACUGUUCUUGCCACAUCCAGCUUUUUAAAAAAUAUAUAAUUACAUAGCAGGAUUCUGGGUUGUAUCUGAUGUCAGUUCUACUCACGCUAACAUAGGCUAACUUAGGGCCAUUAAUUUCAGUGGGUUUACUCUGAGUAGGAUUGAGUUGGAGACAAGCCACUGAUUCUGCCCAACAUUCUGGGGAUCCAGUGAGAGUAGACCAGGUUAGGGAACCUGUUGCCUUCCAGAUGUUACUGCACUCCAGGUCCCAUCAGUCCCAGGCGGCCUGGCCUCCAUGGGUAAGCAUAAUGGGAGAUGGAGUCCCCACACUCCAUCCCUGGAGUGGGCAGAUACUCUUACCAGCUGUAAGACAGAUUUCUGUGUUCAGAGAAAAUGAUCAUUUCCUAUUUCCUGUAGGAGAUAGUAAAUGACUGUUGCUUUGCUUGAAGAGUGAUGAUAUUUACACAUUUCCCUGAGUGCUUCAGCAAAGAAGGUUUUUUCAGAGCCUUUGGAGUGGUUUAGUUUUGGAAUUGCUGUUUCCCUUAUUUUAUUUUGCUGUGCGGAGGUCAACAUUCUUCUCUUCCCACACCAGAAACCCCGCCCACCAGAAACCUCUUGCGCACAUACCAAUCAGCAUCCUGUACAGUGUUUAUUGGCAACAGGUUGAACCAAUCCAGUGACUACUUCUUUUCCUUAGGCUGCAAAGUUGUCUCGUCUGAAGGCAGCUUUGUAGAUGCACAGCCUAUGUGCAUCUACACACUAACUUCCCUGCACACAUUCAUGUUCCAACUCUUUUCUCCCAGCUGAUUGCCAAAGUGACUGGUGUAACUGUGCUAGGACAGCACAGCCAAAGCUACCCUAAGGUGCCACAACUAGAUGCCCCAAACCCUAGAGCAGAACUCUUUUCUGAGUGGUUGCAAAAUUUUACACGAAAAGAUAAACGUAUUUUUUAAAAUAAAUAAGUAAAAAACCAACCACAAUUACUUAGACCCACUCCAGUUUUCCCAGCCUCUCACUUAGCUAGAGUCCCAUGCUGUGGCUUCAUGAAGUAGAAAACACAAUCAUUUCCCACUCUAGCAGCCUGCUAAACAGCCACACGAGGGCAGUCCUUUGAAAGAAAUUUCUUGUCUAUAUCUAAAUUAUAGAAUCAUACAAUUAGAGAGUUGAGAAGCACCCAAGGAGUCAUCUAGUCCAAUUCCUGGAAUGCAGGUAUGACAGCUAAAUAGUCCCUGACAGAUGGCCAUCCAAACUGCUUUAAAAGCUCCAGGGAAGGAGAGUCCACCACAGUCUCACUGUCAAACAACUCUUGUUGCCAAAAAGUUCUUCCGCUUUCUUGUCAUUUGAAUUCACUGGUUCGAGUCCUGCCCUUUGGGGACAGCAGUAAACAAGCUUGUGUCACGUGACAGCUCUUCAGAUAUAAUUUCAGAAGCAAAGCAAGCCCAACCACAUUAUAGCUUUGGCGCAAUCCUCCCACAAGUUCCUUGUUGCAGUACAGUCCAGAACUUGGAAUGAACUAAUCCAGUUUAACAAAGUUCACCAAAUUAGUCCAAGAUUUCUCGACUGUACCUGAAUGUAGUUCUCAUAACUGCCAGGUAAACCAAAUUUGUUUCCCAAUGAAACUUCAGUUUCCAGUUCAUCUCCUCUUACACUUUAGAAUCUUUGGGCCUUUGAGCUUAAAGACUAUAAUUGUCGUUGGCGGGGGGGGGGCAAUUAAGCCAUUCACAUUCCACCAUGUGUGUGCUUUGAUGUUUUCUCAGUCUUCUUGAGUAUAUCUUACACUUCAGCAUAGCAGCUUCUAAUAUUCCGAAUGUUGAAGAAAUGUUGCUGAGGAUCAUUUGGAUGAGUUUGAACUGAACUGGACACACGUGAACUGGAAUUAGCUCCUGUGGGGACAUGCCAAACUAGCUCUUUCAUAAUGUUUUCAGUCAUUGGAACAUAAAUGAAAAGGGAUGUCUUUCUGCACGAUAGCAUCAAGGCCAUGCAUCCCUUUAGAGAUGGGGCAUCAGAUAUGCAGCCCUCCAUCAUGGGGAAGGUGUCUCUGCAUCUCUUAUUUCUUAACCUACAGGGCUGCCCAUUUUACUAUUGCUUUUUUAAAGGGGUGGGUGGGUAAUAGUGCAACUGAGAAGCUUCUUUUUAUCUUUUUGGAAACUUGUCUGCUUGCAACCUUAGGAGAUGCAUUUUAGUUGAAUCCAGUCACUAUCAAGGUGUGUGUGGGUGCUACACAAAGUUUAUCUGAAUUUCCAGCAGAGAUAUAAGAAAAGAGAGGUUUAUUAUUACAGUGGUACCUCUGGAUGCGAACGUAACACGCGACUGCGCGGGUCGUGUUUCACCGCGUGACGUCAUUUUGAGCAUCUGCGCAUGCGUGAGUGGCGAAACCUGGAAGUAACGCGCUCCGUUACUUCCAGGUCGCCGUGGAGCGCAACCCAAAAAUGCUUAACUUGAAGUGUAUUCAUCCUGAGGUAUGACUAUUAUUAUUUUAUUUGCCCCCAUGGCUCGUUGUAGAGGUGCAAGAGGUGCAAUAAUACAUGACUGUAUUAUUAUUUUAUUUCCUGUGACUCCCCUUGAAGGCUAAGCAAGGAAGCUUAUUGCACAACAAAAGUUGUUUUAAGGUGCUGUUUUACUCUUGGUUCUUCACAGACCUCAGAUUACUGGCGCUACCUAGCUGCUCAGGUUUAGCCAUUUUUUAUUA